AGGAAAUUUACGGUUUCCACGCCACUGUCAGAAGCAUAGAUUUUCGUUUCCAUUAGUUGACAGUUGUCAGCUGACUCGGCGGUUGCCUCUUGCCUCGCUGAUUGACGUUUAAAAAUAAGGUUAAGUUAAAAAUAUUACUGAUGAUUUGUCCAAUUUUAUUAUCAUAAUACGAUAUUGUACAAUUUUUAAAAGAAAAUAGUAAGUGUGUCUCUUUAAAAAAUGGAUAUAACUGCCUUAUUUAAAGCAUGCGUUAAAACAGUACGCACAACCAACAAAUCCUUAGGAAUUAAAGAGCAGAAGCCAAGUUUCUUAAAAUCUUUUAAAGAUUCAAAUCUCAAUACGCCAAGAGAUGUUGUUAAACAAAUUACAAAACUUCAGAUUUUCAUAUUGGAAAAUAAAGCAGCGUAUUUAAAUGUAAAAAAUUAUUUAUCAACUAAUAAAACCAUGACUGAAUUGGACAGGCAACAAGUAGACAGUAUGGCGGAAGAUAUAAUAAAUAAUUGCAGCAAGUUAAUCUCUGACUAUAAAAAAGAAAUACAGGCAUUGCCCAAGAGUCCACAGAAAGAAGAACACUACCAAAACGUUAUAGAAACAUUAGAGAGGUAUUUAAAAAAUGUUUCUAAACUCUAUACAGAAGCCAAAGCUGUUAGGGUAAAAAGAGUCAUUGACACACAUAAGUUAUCUAAAUUAGAAACCAAACCUUCAACUCGUAAGAGUGAAGCCGAAAAUUCGUUAAAUAAAUCUAGUUUAGAACAGUCUAAUAAUAUUUCUUUACUUAAAGAAGAUGUUUCACAAUCAUCUAUCAAUUAUGAUGAACAAUUAUCUACUGAAGAGAUGCAAAUGUUUGAAUCUGAAAAUGCAAUGCUUUAUAAUGAAUUGAAUAGUAUUUCAGAUGAAGUGAGGCAAAUGGAAGGCAAAGUUGUACAUAUAGCAGAACUGCAAGAAUUGUUUACUGAAAAAGUCCUACAACAGCAAAUUGACAUUGAAAGGAUAUCAACCACUGUUGUAGGAACUACUGAAAAUAUAAAAGAAGCCAAUGAGCAAAUUAGACAAGCUAUUCAAAGAAAUGCUGGUUUAAGAGUUUACAUUUUAUUCUUUUUAUUAGUAAUGUCGUUUUCUUUAUUGUUUUUGGAUUGGUAUAAUGAUUAGAAAUGUGAUUUUUUAUUGUACUGUGGAUUUUUACAUCCAUAUAUUUGUUUGUCUAAGUUUUUUUACUUACUUUUGUUUGUUGAAUUAAACCGGUGAAAUGGUGUUCAAAGUACAAUAAAUUGCAGAUUUUUUACAGAAAAUUGUCGUUUCAUUAGGGUUGUAAAAAUAUUGAAUUUA